AUGGACGCCAGGCACCUCAUCCAGCUGUCCCUCCAUUUUUGGCCAAACCCCGUGUUUAAAGGAGACAUCCUGACGGGAUACCAGGGAAGGAAGAACUCAGCCCUGUCCCAGGUGAAGGUCUACACAGAUGAAAACCCCUCCAUUUCUUUAGGCUAGCCAGCCUCUGACCAUGGGACAGCCACAGUGAGGAACAGUGGCCAGUACAGCUGCACUAGGGCGGCGACGCACUUUCUACACGUGGGCAGACACACCUCAGGGACAGCCAUGGCUCAAGUUCAAGAACUCUUCCUGCCCCCUGUGCUGAGCAUCGUCCCCUCUCCCAAGCCCCAUGAGGGAAGCCCCCUGACCCCGAGAUGCCAGACAAAACUCCACCCUCAGAGGACGGCCUCAUGGCUCCUCUUCUCCUUCUACAAGGAAGGCUGCACCUUGCAGAGCAGGGGCCUCCACUCAGAGCUCUGCAUCCCAGCAGCCAGAGGGAGACUCUGGAUUUACUGGUGUGAGGCAGCCCCUGGGGGUGUCAUGGUCCAGAAACAGAGCCCCCAGAUGGAGAUCAGGAUGUAGGCUCCUAUGUCCUGUUCUCUGCUCACCCUGAGUUCCGGGCCCCCUGGUCUUACUGUGGGAGACAUGGUGAAGCUCCUCUGUGAAGCUCAGAGGGGCUCCCUUCCUAUUCUGUACUCAUUCUACCUGGAGGAGAUUUUGGGGAACUGCUCAGCCCCCCACGGCGAAGCUGUCUCUCUUCUCUUCCCAAGGAUGUCAGAGCAGGAUGCUGGGAACCACACGUGUGAGGCUGAGAGCAGGGUCUCCAUGGAGACAAGUCAGCCUGAGACAUUCUCCCUGGAUGGACCUCAUGCCUUGUCCUCUCCGAGCAGCAGUAACUGUCUGGUUCCUCGGCUGUCUGCAAGUUUGCUUGUUGUGAUGGUCAUUGCUGCUGCACGUCUGGGUUAUUUCAGACCCUGGAGAAAAACUGGUCAGUAA